UCUCACCUUGAUUUUGCCGCCUCUUCCCACAGUGCGUAAAAUACGCGUCCACUGCUGCAUCCGUUGGGUGUCGAGUUUUACGCAUGGCGUCCCAGAGACCACCUCCUAGCAUCCUACUAUUUCGAGGUGGGAAUGCUCCGACACCCAGCACCCCCCCUGGACACCUGCUCCAGUCCGUCUCCCUCCUGUCCCUGUCUGACAGACAGACACACAGACCCGGUCCUUCUCCUCCUCCUGCUGCGUCCUGCUCUGUCUCCACCGGAGCUCGGUUCUCGUGUCUGGAUUUGUACUUUGGGUGUCUUCUCCUCCGUCCUGGUCGGUUUAACCUGUCAGUUUAGUCACCCCCCAACUUUCUACACCCGGUUGCCCUGAUAACAAUGGCGGAGGCUGUGCGCCCCGAGGACUACUGCGACGAGCCGGUGGAGGACGAGUUUGGAGAGAUCAUCAAGUGUCGAUCUGAUGAAAGAGAAGACGUUCAGAAGAAGACUUUCACAAAAUGGGUAAACUCACAGUUGGCUAAGACAGGGAAAUCGCCCGUGGAGGAUCUGUUCUCAGAUCUGUGUGAUGGAAGACGCCUGCUGGAGCUGCUGGAGGGGCUGGCAGGACGUGAGCUGGUGAAGUUGGAGAGAGGAUUCACGCGCGUUCACUCGUUCAACAAUGUCAACCGUGCUCUGCAGAUAUUGCAGAAGAACAAUGUUGAAUUGGUGAAUAUCGGAGCGGCGGACAUCGUUGAUGGGAAUCACAAACUGAUUCUCGGGCUCAUCUGGAGCAUCAUUCUCCACUGGCAGGUAAAGGAUGUGAUGAAGGAUGUGAUGGCGGGCCUACAGCAGACCAACAGUGAGAAGAUUCUGCUGAGUUGGGUUCGUCAGAACACGCGCCAGUAUCCUCAGGUCAAUGUGGUUAACUUCUCCAGUAGCUGGAAUGAUGGAUUGGCCUUCAAUGCCCUCAUCCACAGCCACAGACCUGAGCUUUUUGAUUGGAGCUCAGUGGAGAAGAAGACGUCUGCGAUCGACAGACUGGAACACGCCUUUAAUAAGGCAGAACAACACCUGGGGAUAGAGAGACUGCUGGACCCUGAGGAUGUGGCGGUGCCUCACCCUGACAAGAAGAGCGUCAUCAUGUACGUGACAUCACUCUUCCAGGUGCUUCCCCAAAUUGUUUCCAUGGAAGCAAUCAAGGAGGUGGAGACGCUGCCGCGGACGACCGUGACCAAGGCCAGCGUCGCCCUGGUGACGACGGAGGAGCACUACCAGAUCCAGACCCAGCAGCGCUUCUCCCAGCAGAUCACAGUGAGUGUGGCUCAGGGCCGAGUGCGGAGUCCCUCCCCUCAGCCUCGCUAUAAAAGCUAUGCCUACACCCAGGCUGCAUAUGUCAAGUCGCCCGAGCAAAAGAGGAGGCGUUUUACUGAUCAGUUCCUCAGUCCCGGCCAGGAGGAGCUGCAGCGGGGCCUCAGUCCUCUGCCUCCGGGCUCCACCAGCCUGGAGAGCUACCAGGCUGCACUGGAGGAGGUGUUGACAUGGCUGCUGUCGGCUGAAGACGGGCUCCAGGGCCAGCCUCCCAUCUCCAACAACGUGGAGGAGGUGAAGGAGCAGUUCCACACACAUGAGGGCUACAUGGUGGAGCUGACCACCCACCAAGGCAGCGUAGGGCGGGUCCUCCGGGCCGGCGCUGCCCUGCUGGGUGAGGGGAUCCUGAGCGAAGAGGAGGACUCGGAAGUCAGGGAGCAGAUGAACCUCCUGAACUCCCGGUGGGAGCACCUGAGAGUGUCUAGCAUGGAGAGACAGACCAGACUCCACGAGGUCCUGAUGGACCUGCAGCACCAGCAGUUGCAGCAGCUCACAGACUGGUUGGACGUGACGGAGGCACGGAUUAAGAGGAUGGGGGCUCAACCACUGGGUCCUGACCUGGAGGACGUCAAGCACCAAGUGGAAGAGCACAAGCUCCUGCAGGAGGACCUGGAGCUGGAGCAGGUGAGGGUGAACUCUCUGACCCACAUGGUGGUGGUGGUGGACGAGACCAGCGGAGACAGCGCCACCGCUGCUUUGGAGAGCAAACUUCAGGUGCUCGGUGACCGCUGGGCAGCCAUUUGUAGAUGGACAGAAGAACGCUGGAUACUGCUUCAGGAGAUUUUACUGAAAUGGCAGCACUUCACUAAUGAACAGUGUCUAUUUGACUCCUGGCUGACUCAGAAGGAGGAGCUGGUUCGCUCCAUCAAGACCUCCAACGUGAAGGACCAGUCAGAGAUGGUGUCCUGCCUCCGCCGUCUCGCUACGGUGAAGGCAGACCUGGAGGUGAAGCGUCCCACCAUGGACAAGCUGUGCUCCAUGAGUCAGGACCUGCUGUGCAGCGUCAAGAACAAAGAGGUGGCCAGCAAACUGGAGGCCAGACUGGACAGCUUCGCCCAGCGCUGGGACCGACUGAUCCAGAGUCUGGAGACGAGCAGCUCCCAGCUCUCAUCGGCUGUCAGCAUGGCCCAGCAGUCCGAGCUGACCCACUCUGUCACGGCGACCGUUACCAAGGUGACGACGAGGGAGAAGGUGUCAGCUGUGCGCCAGACCCGGGAGUCACCGCCACCACAGAAGAAGAGACAAGUCGUGGUGGAUUCUGAACUCAGGAAAAGGUUUGACGUGGACUUCACAGAGGUCCACAGCUACAUGACCCGCGGCGAGGCCAUCCUACAAAGCCCCGAAUUCUCUGUGUCACGCAAGGACGGCAGCAUUCAGGAGCUGCACGACAAAGUGCAGGCGAUAGAACGAGAGCGGCCGGAGAAGUACCGAAAGCUUCAGGAAGCAACACGCACGGCGCAGACCCUGGUCGAGCAGGAGGGAAGUCGUGCUGAUGACAUUGCUCAGGCAGCGGAGCAGCUGAACCAGCGCUGGGUGGGAUUCUGUGCCCUGUUGGCAGACAGGCUGGCAUGGCUGGCUUACCAGUCAAAGGUGCUGGCCUUCUACAGCUCGUUUGAGCAGUGUGAGCUGGCUGUGGACAGCAGUGAGAACUGGCUCAAAGUCCAGGCGCCUCCAGCAUCUGAACCAGAAACACUUAAAGUACAGCUGGACCGAUGCCGGGAGGAGGUGGCUCGCCUGGCCUCCCUGCAGCCUCAGGUGGACCUGCUGGAGAAGCAGCUGAAGGAGCUGAAGGAGGAGAAGGAAGGGGAGGAGGACCCCUCGGCCUUCCUGGACGCCGACAUCGACGCCUUCAAGGAGCACUACCACAAGGUCCUGGAGGAUCUGAGGGCGAGAGAGAGGAUGCUACAUCUGGUUUUGGAGAGCUUGCCACCGGCUCGUUAUAAGGAAACCAUAUCGGCUCUGAUGGCGUGGUUACAACAGUGCGAGACCAAGCUGGCCAUCCCAUCCACGACCGUCACAGACUAUCCUAUAAUGGAACAGAGACUGAAGGAUGUUGAGGCCCUCCAGGUGGCUCUGACUGAACACCAGGGCGAGGUGGACUACCUGACCUCAGCUGUGGAGCAGGUCUUCCAGAAAGCUCCACCAGACAUCAGCCAAAAGUAUCGCAUAGAGAUGGACGCCGUCAUGGCGCGUUGGAGACGACUCGGCACCACGCUGACGGACAACGCCCAGAGAAUCCAGGAGCUCAUGGCCAAACUGCUGCAGUUUGAGAAUGACGUAAAGACUUUAAAGAAGUGGAUGGCAGACGUGGAUGUGUUCCUGAACGAGGAAUGGCCGGCACUGGGAGACUCUGAAGCUCUGGAGAAACAGUUAGAGCAGUGCACGGCUCUGGUGAACGACAUCCACACCAUCCAACCCAGCGUCAACGGCAUCAACGAAGUGGGUCUGUACCUAAAGAAAGAGGCCGAGCCACCGAUGGCCAUCCACAUCCAGAAAGAACUGGACGAGCUCAACGGCCAGUGGGAGAACGUGUGCAAACAGGCCUAUGCUAAGAAGUCGGCUCUGAAAGGCGGCCUUGAUAAGACCAUGGCUCUGAGGAAGGAGAUGCAGGAGAUGCAGGAGUGGAUCAACCAGGCCGAGGAGGACUACCUGGAGAGAGACUUCACGUACAAGACACCUGAAGAGCUACGCAAGGCCGUGGAGGAGCUCAAGAGGGCCCAGGAAGAGGUCCACUCCAAGGAGCUAAAGGUCAAACUCCUGACUGACAGCGUCAACAGUUUCAUCGCCAAGGCUCCGCCCACGGCCCAUGACGCCCUGCGGUCCGAAUUGGACGUGUUGACGGCCAACUACCAGCGCCUGUGCAGCCGGCUGGAUGGGAAAUGUAAAACUCUGGAGGAGGUGUGGGCGUGUUGGUGUGAGUUGCUCUCCUACCUCGAGCAGGAGAACGCCUUCCUGGAUCAGCUGGAGCAGAAGCUGGACGAGACGGACAACCUCCAGGGAGGCGCCGAGGAGCUGCAGGAGGCGCAGGAUAGUCUAGAGGCUCUUCUGCGGCACCCGGAGGACAACAGGAACCAGAUCCGGGAGCUGGCCCAGACGCUGAUGGACGGAGGCGUUCUGGAUGAACUAAUACAGCAAAAACUGGACGCUUUCAACACACGAUGGGAUGAGCUUAUGGCGAGGGCAGCGCUCAGGCAGAAGGAGCUGGGGAAGAGUGUCCAGUUGGCCCAGGAGAAUGACAAGACGCUGAGGCAGAUCCAGGACUCGCUGGCCAACACCGACCGCCACCUCACCGCGUACCUGGCUGACCAUAUCGACGCCCUGCAGAUACCGCAGGAGUCUCAGAAAAUCCAGUCGGAGCUGAGCGGCUAUGACGCGACCCUGGAGGACAUGAGGACGAAGAACCAGGACAAAGAGCAGUCCCAGAGGGUCAUGGGACAGAUCGACCUUACCCAGAAAAUGCUGACAGACGUGUGGACAAAGUUCCGGCUCUUCCAGAAGCCGGCGAACUUUGACUCUCGGCUGGCCGAGUGCGAGCGCUUGCUGGCCGGGGUCAAAAGCCAGGUGGCGGUGCUGGACAUCCGCAGCGUGGAGCAGGACGUGGUGCAGUCGCAGUUGGAUCAGUGCAUGAAGUUGUACAAGGUGCUGAGUGAAGUGAAAGGGGAGGUGGAGACGGUGAUAAAAACAGGCAGACAGAUCGUCCAGAAGCAGCAGACGGAGCAGCCCAAAGAGAUGGACGACAGGGUGACCGCCCUCAAACUGCUCUACAACCAGCUGGGCUCACAGGUGACUGAGAGUAAACUGGAGCUGGAGAAAAGUCUGAAGUUGUCCAGGAAGCUGCGUAAGGAGCUGAACGGGCUGACCGAGUGGCUCGCCGCCACUGACGCCGAGCUGACCAGGCGCUCUGCUGUGGACGGGAUGCCCAGCGACCUGGAGGCUGAGGUGGCGUGGGCACAGUCCGUCCACACGGAGACGGAGAGGCGUGAGCCGCAGCUGCAGGCCGUGGUGGACCUCGCCGAGGCCCUCAAGGCGGUGCUGCGGGGCCACGGGGGCCUGGUGGACGACAAAGUCAGCCUGCUGCGUUGCAACUGGAUCGCAGUCACAUCCAGAGCGGAAGAAUGGCUCAACCUGCUGCUGGACUACCAGCGGCAGAUGCAGAAGUUGGAUGGAGAGAUAAAGGAAGUGAACAGAUGGAUCGACGGAGCAGAGAAGAAGAUGGACGAGAUGGACAGCCAGGGACCCAACGACGCUGUGCUUAAGGUGUUGCGUGCGGAGCUGGAGCUGACGAGAGGGAAGAUGGAGGAGGUGAGGGCUCUGGCCCAGGAGCUCAUGUCCACCAGGGGGGAGAACUGCCAGGCCCAGGUGGGACCCAAAGUGGAGCAGCUCAACCACAGAUUUGACACCAUCGCGCAACGCAUCGCUUCCGGACAGACGGCAGCGUCAGCCAUGGAGCUUGAGCAGUACCACAGUGAAGCACAGGUCUGGCUGGAGCUCCUGGAGGAGGAAGCCAAACAGGGGGAGAACCUCAAGGAGGAGGACUUCCAGGAAAAUAAGGACUGUGAGGAAGGUGCAGUGAAGGAGUUACUGUUGAAAGGAGAGAAUCUCCAGAAGAGAGUCCCGGAUCAGGACAAGAGAGAGCAGAUCAGACUGAAGCACAACCAGCUCAACAGCAAGUACAACACUGUCAAGGACCUGCGUUUGAUGAGGAACAGGAAGGCGUUGGCCAUCGCUCCCCAGUGGUACCAGUACCGGAGGAAGUCACAUGACCUGCUGGCCUGGCUGGACGACAUCCAACGCAGCGUGGACCAGCUGCCCGACCCCCCUGAAGGAGAGAGGGUCAAGGAAAUUGCCUCAGAGUUCGACAAGAAGAAGGAGGAGCUUAACGAGGUGCAGGGCUUAGCCAAUCAGCUGUCAGAAGCUGGAGCCGCCAGUCUAGUGGAGCCCCGCCAACUCCAGCUCAACGCCCGCUGGGUUGAGGUGGAGGGCAAGUUCAGACCCUUCAAAAGACAAUGUUUCCCUGAUCUGCCAAUCACUGAAGAUGAGUACCUAACAGAGCUGCAGGCGUUGCUGCGUUCAGUGUCAGAGACGGACUUCAAGCUGAACUCUCCUGAAUACUGGCCUGCAGCGUAUUAUAACCUGCCUCAGCAAGAGCACUGCCUGAAGGAGGUGAAGGGGAGCAUCGACAAGUUGCGAGGCCCGGUGGAGGGAGCGUUGGCCCGCAGAGAGGAGAUGGCGUCUGGGGCUCGGCCUCUGGAGGGUCAGAAGAUCCAAGAGACCGCCGCUCUCCUCAAUACUAACUGGGACAAACUGAACAAGCUCUACCAGGACAGGCUGAAGCGUUGGCAGGAUUGCAACUCCAAGUUUCAGAAGUUGGUUUCGGAUCAGAAGGCGAUGGAGGAGUGGCUGAACGACGCUGAGAGCACUUUGAGACCGGUCGAGAGUGAGCCAGCAGGACACAGACAGCACCUCAGGGACCUGACGGAGGCCAUACCUCUCCAGGAAGUGGUGUUAAGCCGAGUGAACUCCGCAGGAGAGGACAUCAGCCAGUUGAGCACGGCAGACGACGCCUCGCGGCUCCGCACUAUGCUCAAACUACUCAACACUCGCUGGACCAACGUCUGCCAGCAGCUCAACGAGCGCAAGAGAAGGUCCUCGGAGGCACGCACAGCGACUGCAGAGCUGCAGGAAAACAUGGGCUCCAUGCUGGGCUGGUUGGACAAAGCGGAGGGCGUCCUGGCCAUCCCUCUGCAGCCUGCAGAGCCACAGCACAUCAGAGACACUCUGGACAAAGUCCAGACACGUGUGGAGGAGCUUCCUGCCAAGAAGGCGGCGAUGGAGGAUCUGAACACCAGACACAAACAGAUAACACUUCCUGCCGACAGACAGAAAGACAUCAGGAUCAUCAACGCUCGCUGGGCUCAGGCGUCCAGGGCUCUGCCGGAGCGUCAGCUGGAGAUCGAGGGUCUGCUGAGGGACCUGGAGAAGUUUCAGGGUGAGCUGGACGGCCUGUCAGUCUGGGCGUCCGGCACCAGAGCCAAGCUAGAGCACAGCCCUGAGGAACCACCAGCUAGGCUCAUUGAGGAAGUGCAAGUCAAGCAGCCAGAAGUGGAGUCAGUUUUGGAGCGAGCCGAUCACCUGUACAAGGAAAGUCCUCUCGGCCAACCAGACAAAGUGAAGUACGUCAAGUUAAGGGAAGACUGGACUGUGAUCCUGGAGCUGCUUCGGCAGCAUAAGGAGAGGAUGGCUGCUCUGCUAGUAGCCAAAAAAGCCAAUGAAACUCUGACAGGAAGUUCCCAGCCUGAAUCUGCGGCACUGGCUCAGUUCAACAAGUCCUGGGCUGAGCUCACCGAUUGGCUAACCAUGCUGGAUAACAUGGUGCAGAACAAGCGCGUGGUGGUGGCCGACCUGGACGACAUCGAUGACAACAUCAGCAGGCUCAAGGUGUCUCUGCAGGAGAUGGACCAGCGGCACCCCCUCCUGGAGAGACAGGUCACAGCAGCCCAGAACCUGAAAAACAAAACCAGCAACCAGGAGACCCGCAAUGCUAUCACAGAACGCAUCGACAGGCUUCAGACUCACUGGGAAGACUCUCAGACCAAACUCUCCGACAGGACGAAGCAGCUCCACAACAUGCUGCAGGACUCCACCGACUGGCUGGACGCCAAGAAGGGAGUGGAUCAUGUCAUCAAGCGGGCCAGUGAGAGGUUGGAGUCCUGGCAGGAGAUCACGUACACGGUGGAAGACGUGAAGAGACAAAACGCUGAACUGAAGCUCUUCUUGAAGGAGUUGCAGCAGUGGCAGGGUCCGGUGGAUGAAACCAACGCGCUGGCUGACAAGCUGCUGACACUGUACGCCAAUGACGACACGCACAAGGUCACCCAUGUCAACGACAACAUGGUGGCCACCUGGACGCACAUCAACAGACGUGUGUUGGACAGAGAGGCGGCUCUGGAGGCAGCUCUGAAGCUGCUGCAGCAGUCCUACCUCGACCUGGACAAGUUCCUCAACUGGCUGACGGAGGCUGAGACGACCUGCAACGUUUUAAUAGACGCCACCAACAAGGAGAGAAUGCAGGAGCAGCCGGAGGCAGCCCGCAACCUGCUGGCCCAGUGGAAGGACCUCCAGGCAGAGAUUGACAGCCACACAGAGCUGUAUCACUCCCUGGAUGAGAACGGGCAGAGGAUCGUGACCUCGAUGGGGGACUCGGAGGACGGCGCUCUGCUCCAGAGACGCCUGGACAACAUGAGCCAGCGCUGGAACGACCUGCGCAACAAGACCCUCAGCAUGAGGGCCCACCUGGACUCUGAGAUGGCCCCGUGGAAGAGGCUCCACAUGUCGCUGCAGGAGCUGCUCAACUGGCUGAGGCUGAAAAGUCAACAGCUGGAGAAAGAGCCGCCUGUAGGGGGCGACGUCCCCGCCGUGCAGACGCAGCUGGACACACACCGGGGAUUUUUCAGGAGGGACUUGAGGGCUAAAGAGCCAGUUGUGACCAAGGCUCUGGACGAUGUGGGAGUCUUUCUGUCUGAGCUGCCCCGAGACACACCAUCACCACCUGAGCAGAGAGAUAUCAGCCCGGAGGAGCGAGCCCAGAAUGUGGGCCGAGUCCUACGCAAAGAAGCGGACGACGUGGUGACCAAGUGGGACCGGCUCAACGGCGACUCGGCCGACUGGCAGAGGAGGCUGGAGAUGGCUCUGGAUCGGCUCAUGGAGCUCCAGGAGGCGGAGGACGUGCUGGACGGACAGCUGAGGCAGGCCGAGAUGGUGAAGGAGGCGUGGGAACCUGUUGGUGACCUGCUGAUCGACUCCCUGCCGGAGCAUAUCGAGAGAGUCAAGGAGUUUCAGGAUGAGAUCGCUCCAAUUAAGGAUGACGUAAUACACAUGAACCAGUUGGCGUCCACUUUCGGUCCACCCGACAUCCAGCUGUCGCCUAGCAACCUGGACCGCAUCGAAGAUCUCAACACGCGCUGGAGGCUGCUCCAGGUUACCGUGGAUACGGGGAAAAGCAACUCAGGCAGAAAUGGAUUGGGUGAGGUGGACUCGAAGAUCUCCAUCAAUGAACAUCUAAAGCAGCUGACAGACGCUCACAGGGACUUUGGCCUUCUGCAUGCAGGAUCUGUAGAGAGCCCCUUCGAGCAGGGCAUCUCCCCAAACAACGUGCCCUACUACAUAAAUGAGAAAGCUGGACCUGACCAGAUGACCGAGGCCCUCCACCAGACCCAGACAACAUGCUGGGAUCAUCCCAAGAUGGCCGAGCUCUACCAGUCUCUGGCCGACCUGAACAACGUUCGGUUCUCGGCCUACCGAACAGCCAUGAAGCUCAGACGCCUGCAGAAGGCCCUCUGCUUGGACCUUCUGAGCAUGCCGAUGGCGUGCGAGGUGUUCGACCAACACGGUCUGAAGCAGAACGAGCAGCUGCUGGACAUCUCCCAGCUGGUCACCUGUCUGACCAGCCUGUACCAGCGGCUGGAGCAGAGCCACUCUCACCUGGUCAACGUCCCGCUGUCCGUGGACAUGUGCCUCAACUGGCUGCUCAACGUCUACGACACUGGGCGCACCGGAAAGAUCCGGACUCUGUCAUUCAAAACUGGGAUCAUCUCGCUCUGCAAGGCUCACCUGGAGGAUAAAUACAGAUUCUUGUUCAGACAGGUGGCCAGCGCGACAGGUUUCUGUGACCAGCGUCGUCUGGGCCUCCUCCUCCACGACUCCAUCCAGAUCCCCCGGCAGCUCGGCGAGGUCGCUUCCUUCGGCGGAUCCAACAUCGAGCCUUCCGUCCGCAGCUGCUUCCAGUUUGCCAACAACAAACCCGAGCUGGAAGCCGCCAUGUUCCUGGACUGGAUGCGCCUGGAGCCUCAGUCCAUGGUGUGGCUACCUGUCCUGCACCGCGUGGCCGCCGCCGAGACCGCCAAGCACCAGGCCAAGUGCAACAUCUGCAAGGAGUGUCCCAUCAUAGGAUUCAGAUAUCGGAGUCUGAAACAUUUCAACUAUGACAUUUGCCAAAGCUGCUUCUUCUCUGGUCGCGUCGCCAAGGGACACAAGAUGCAGUACCCCAUGGUCGAGUACUGCACUCCGACUACAUCAGGGGAGGAUGUCAGGGACUUUGCCAAGGUGCUGAAGAACAAGUUCAGGACCAAGCGCUACUUCGCCAAACACCCACGCAUGGGCUACCUGCCUGUCCAGACCAUCCUGGAGGGGGACAACAUGGAAACUCCUGUCACUCUGAUCAACUUCUGGCCCGUAGACCAUGCGCCUGGAUCGUCCCCUCAGCUCUCACAUGAUGACACGCACACUCGGAUCGAGCACUACGCCAACCGGUUAGCGGAAAUGGAGAAUCGUAAUGGCUCUUAUCUGAAUGACAGUAUCUCACCCAAUGAGAGCAUUGAUGACGAGCACAUGUUGAUCCAGCACUACUGCCAGUCUCUGAACCAAGGCUCUCCUCUCAGCCAGCCCCGCAGCCCGGCCCAGAUCCUCAUCUCCAUGGAGACGGAGGAGAAGGGAGAGCUGGAGAGGGUUCUCAACGACCUGGAGCAGGAGAACAGGAAGCUGCAGUCGGAGUACGACCGCCUGAAGAAGGCCCACGACAGGAAGGGCCUGUCCCCGCUGCCGUCGCCCCCGGAGAUGCUCCCGGUGUCGCCGCAGAGCGCGCGCGACGCCGAGCUCAUCGCCGAGGCCAAACUGCUGCGGCAGCACAAAGGCCGUCUUGAGGCCCGUAUGCAGAUACUGGAGGACCACAACAAACAGCUGGAGUCCCAACUGCACAGGCUGAGACAGCUGCUGGAGCAGACGGAUUCCAAGGUGAACGGCACAGCACUGUCCUCUCCCUCCACCUCCUCCCAGCGCUCCGACUCCUCCCUCCCUCUGCUCCGCGUGGCAGCCAGCCAGACUACUGACACAAUGGGUGAUGACGAGCUGUCCAGCCCUUCCCAAGAUGCAUCUGGGCUGGAGGAAGUGAUGGAACAGCUCAAUAAUUCUUUUCCUCAUAGCCAGGGUCCCAGUAUUGGCAGUUUGUUCCACAUGGCCGACGAUCUGGGCCGCGCCAUGGAGUCACUAGUCAGCGUGAUGACAGACGAGCAGAGCGCCGGACAGCACGAGGCCCUGCCCUUCUGAUUCCCGACCUCCCUCUUCCUCUCCUCUUCCUCUCUUCUCCUCCCUACCUAUCGCAUGCUUUUCUAGUCAAAACAACUGGAUUGGAAACACAGUUUACAAAGAGAAUAUAUAACAUCUAUUUUUGUGAAGGAUUGCGGUUCCAGCGACGACGCGUACAAAAACAAAAGAAAAAACAUUAUACCUUGUAGAUUUCAGUAGUUUCUUAAAACGUCCUGAAGUUGUUUUAUUAUUAACAGAGGCUGGUUUUUAAACUUCUAUGCAAUUGUAUAAAACAAGAGUAGGGUGGUUGGGGGCGGGGCAAAGAGAGCUGAGAUACAAAUAAGUGUGUUCAGUGUGGUCGAAUAUUUGCCAUCUCUUUGUAAUCGGGGAAACAGCUAAAGCAUUUCAGACAUUUGUAUCAAAAAAAAAAAAAGAAUGAUUGUAAUCAUAAGGGUGCUUUCUAAGAGGAACAUGUCUUUCUAUAACAGCGUACACUACUGUCAAGGUAAUGCAGGCAUCCUGGAUCUUUACAGUGCGUUGUCUGUGAGACUGUGUGUGUGUGUGAGUUUGUGUGUGCGUGUUUGUGUGGUGGUGCCUAAUUUCCACA